AUGGCUGGCUUCGGCGCUGCAGUGGAGUCGCUCGUUGAGACGUACACGCGAUGCCUCAGACUCCUCGAGAAGCUGCACCUUGGGGGCGGCGACGAACAGAGCGCCCACGAGCAAAAGGCACGCCUCGGCAGCCAGGUGCGCUCUGAUAGGUCCCUGAUCAGGCGCACGUACCGGUCAAAGCUCUCGCGUCGAGGGAGCGCGUUCGAAGUGGGCGACGCGCCGGCGACUUCGUCGCUGAAGAGGGUAGCUAGGAAGCUCAGAGCAGCACUCACCGCGGCCAUUGCCCUGCUCGCCCGCGACAGAGCCAGACCAAAGUCGCUCGACUAUGCGUCACUCACGACAGUUUCGACCGACACCCGCAGAGAUGCCCUUCGAACGAUGACGAGCCUAUCUGCGCGUCUGUCGUUACCAAAGGGCGACGUCGGAUCACGCGCGAGCAGGGGCACCACGUCUUCAACAAGCAAAGGCUCUCGCCGGACUCGCCGGGGCGAAGGCGCGUCGUCGUCGCCGUCGGGCAAAUCGAGGAGUAGGGAAAAGGUCGGACGGCCGCGCCAGAGCAGAGACCACCAGCGCGAGGCUCACCAACACUGCCUCGCAAGAGAAAAGAAGCGCAAACAAGGCAGCAAAAGGUUCUCGUCGACGACUUUUUCGUCGCAAAGCACCAAGCUCGGGGAGAUCAGACCGAGACGCCGGGGAGGCGGCGAGCACGGCGACUCCUGGGGCUAUCACGCUGAAGUGACAUAUCCUCUGCCAUAUCCAUGGGUCGAUGCGGUUGAGGCGCCUGGCAACGACAAGAGGAGCAAGGGACGCUUCUGGGGCCUAUUUGGACGGAGAUGA